UUUUCAAAUUGCCUCUUCUCAGAGACGCUUCACUCAAAAACACGAUGGCUCCGCCACUGCUGAAGCUCUCGUUCGUCAAAGGUCCAAAAGAUGGCGAAUCUCUUCAGUACAAGCCCGGAUCCACUAUCCGCAUCGGUCGAGUCGUUCGCGGCAACGAAAUCGCCGUCAAAGACGCCGGAGUCUCCACCAAACACCUCCGAAUCGUCUCCGACUCCGAGAACUGGAUAAUCCACGACCUCGGAUCUUCCAACGGCACAAUACUGAACUCGGAGACUCUCGAUCCAGAUACUCCCGUCAAUCUCCGCCACGGAGACGUGAUUAAGCUCGGUGAGUAUACUUCCAUUGUGGUGAACUUCGAGACUGAUGCUCAGGUGGUGGAGGAGGAGGAGGAGGAGGAGGAGCGUAAGCUUCCCCCGAGGCCGAGAAGGAAUAACAGGCGCUUUCCUGUUUCGGAUCCGGAUCCGGUUCCGAUAGACUCGGUUCAGGAGAAACCAAAGCGCAGGGGUAGGCCUCCGAAGAACGAAAAGAAAGUAGCUAUUACGAGUGAAGAAGAAGAAGCUGUUCCGGUGGAGAAAGGGGGAAAAAUUAGGGCUCGGAGAGAUAAUAAUAAGAAUGCUGAGGAUGUCCAGGGUUUGAGUUUGAAUUCAGUAAAGUUGGAGGUUGAGGAUACACCAAAGGGAGUGGAGAGAGUGACAAGGAGGAGCAGGCAGAUCCGGGAUGUGAAGUGUGAGGAUGAUGUUAUGGAGGAGAAGAGAAGACCUUCUUCGAGGGCUACCAGGAGCACGGCGAAGAAAGAGAUUGGUGGAGAUUCUUUUCAGGAGCUGGAGAUUGUCUUGAACCAAGCCCGGAAAAGCCGUGCAAAGAAGAAGACAGUUGAGCAGAAGGUGCCAGAGGGUGUUGUAGAAGAGAUGGGAGGUAGAAAUGAGGAUGUUGGAGAUGAGAAAGGGAGCAGUGAAACAAGUGAUAAAGAAGAUGAGAGGGUAGAGGAGGUGGAUAAUGAGUCAAGGAAGGGCGCAGUAGUAGGAGAAGAGGACCUGGACUGUGGUGUUAGAGAAGAUGGAGAGACAGAGAACUUACAAGAGGAAAAAGACAGUAAGGUCGAGGAGGGUGGAGUUGAGACAUCAGAUGGUGGGUGUGACGAAGAAGAAAAGGCUGAGCAGGGAAUGGUAGAUUUAGAGAAGAUAGAUUUAGAGAAGAUGACACUAGGAGACUGGUUUGAAUACAUGAAAGUACACCUGCGAAAACGGAUAGUGGAUAAGACAGAGAAGAUGAUAGAGGAUAUGAGAAGCAAAUCUUUGAGAGUUCACCACCAUAUUGCAGAGCAGAAACAAGCUAAGGGAAAAGGGAGUGUGAGUUAGUCUGACAUGGUAACAUCAUUAACUAUUGUCGUAAGCUUAGAGUUACUUCUCAACUAGACCUGAGAAUACUAUGAUGCCUUGUUAAGUUUAGGUUGCUACCAUCUUUUUAUCGGCUUUAUGUUUUUCCUUUGGGUAAGGAUGUUAGAAGCCUGUCUGUAUUUAUAUAACUCAGUUGAUGCUAAUCUUCAUCAUGGUUUUGUUUGUA